CACCACGUGAGAGCAACAACAUGUCUCCACCGGGAGGGAAGAUCAACAGACCCAAGACCGAGCUGGGUAAGAAGCUGUUCAAGCGGCGGAGGGUUCUGAGUAAAGAGAAGAGGAAGAGACACCAGGUGGUCGGAGCCGUAGUCGACCAGGGACUCAUCACCGUCCACCACCUGAAGAAGAGGAAGUCCAGUCCUCGGGCUAACAUCACUCUGUCUGGGAAGAAGAAGAGAAAACUGCUGAAACAGCUGCAACACAUGCAGCAGGAGAAGAGCAGCAUGGACGUUGAAGCUUCAGCAGCAAAGAAAGCCGACUCAGCGUCUGCUGGGACCAAGAAGAAACAGCAGAAGAAGAAGAAGGCGGCGGCUGCAGCGGGCGGGGACGAGGACGUGGAGAUGGACGACGCCGAGUGAAGAACGAGACGUUUUCUGUUUUUAUUCAGACGGACGUUUGUGUCUGCAGCUCCAGAUUCAAAGAUUCAAAGAUUCAGGAGGAAGAAAGACUGAUGGACGAUAAACAUGUUGAGUCAGAGAGAAAGAAAAUAAUGAAAUAUGAAAUGUUAUUUAGACUUUUUGACUCAUUCUGACUUCAUGGAACCAUUUUGGCUUUUUGUUUGUUUGUUUGUUUGUUUGUUUGUUUUGUCGUCAGGUGAAGGUUCAUAGUGAUUAUUUUGAUGCAUAUUAAAUAAUUGUGACAUCCA